AUGGCGGAUCAAUCCAUCAUUCGCAUCACCAAGGCCUUGAUCAUCGGCCCUCACGACACCCCCUACGAGUUCGGUUUCUUCGAGGUACAUAGAUCGUCUUUCGAGCAGCACAGUCUUGGCAGCAUGCUAAUCUACAUCCAGUUCGCGAUCAGGUUCAACAAGGAUUAUCCACGCAAGUCACCAAGUGUCAACGGAAUCACGACGAACGGAGGACGAUGCCGAUUCAAUCCCAACAUAUACUCGUCCGGCAAGGUUUGCUUCACCUGGCGUGGCGAGCGUGGUGAAGAAUGGUCCGCGGCACAGGGCCUUGAGUCCAUCCUCAUCUCCAUCCAGAGCCUAAUGUCAGGCAAUCCUUACGAAAACGAGCCCGGUUUCGAAGAAGCAAAUGAUGCGUCAGACAAGAAGAACCAGAAGGACUACGUCCAGAAGAUACGCCACGAGACUCUUCGAAUCUCCGUCAUCCAACGCAUGGAGGAGUAUUUGGGCUUGACUCCAGAUGGCAAUGCAAUCGUCCAGCAGUCUGCAGCAGACGGAGAACAGCUGGAGAUGGACACUGAGGACAUGGAUGACACCAACGUUCCCUUUGAACCAUUCAAGGACCUGUGCAAGCGAAGGUUCCUUUGGUACUAUGAUAAUUACCUGCUCGCUAUACAGAAGGCCAAGACGGAAGUCAAGGACCACCAAGCUUUCGUACGUAUGCCAUUCGAGGGCGCUAGCAACUCCAUGGAUGGCAAAUUCAACUACACGGAACUGGAGAGGCGCCUCCGCAAUGUCAAGGCUGCCCUUGACAACGAGCUUGUCAAAUGGGCCAAAGAGGGCCAGGCCGCGAGCGAGAAGGAGAUGACAGUCUCGGUCAACCUACGACACCAGUAUGAGCAAGUGGUGCAAACAUUCAAACGCCAGGACAUUCCUCAUGACGUUCAGCUGGAGGACAACAACCCUCUCGUCUGGGUAAUCACCUACUUUGGACGGCCGAUGACGAACCUUGACGGCGGUCUCUUCCGUAUCAAGAUUCACUUCAGCCCAAGAUUCCCUGAAGAACAACCCCGUGUCAAGUUCCACACACGCAUCUUCCAUCACCGUAUCUCGGAGGAUGGUACGGCUUGCUACUUUCCCAACUCACUCAGAAAAGACGAUGUGCGUUCCCAUAUCGAGGCCGUCUUUACAGCACUGGAGGAAGAGGAUCCCGCCUACGACCCUCGAACGCUAGUGAACCCUGAGGCCCACAAGCUCUAUUGGGGAGGCGCCGACGGGCGUAAAAACUACAACCGCCGACUUCGCAGGUCGGUGCAGCAAAGCAUGGAGUAA